AUGCCAUUUUGGGACAAGGACAAGCGUCAAGGGUCGGACCUUUCGUCAGGCUCUGGCACUGACAUUGGGCAGCGUCUCUCCACCAGUGGUUUGACCUUGGAAUCCGCCUUGGACUGGACAUCCCUGCUUCUUAGCAUGAAACAGGAUAAUGAGCAAGACAUGUCGCCAGAAGAAAUUGAGGCAGCAUUGAAGGUCUACAAGGAACUCCAUCGCAUCUUGAGACUCACCACACGGACCCAGGACACCUUUGCACGGCCACUUCUGGCCGAGGAUUCCAAUAUUGCACCAACGUCCUUUCACGAGCAGUUUGUCGCCUUGCAAGAUGAAAUCAAAGAGGCACGGCCUUUGACCAAGCAAAACUUGGCAGAACUGAAUGAUUUGUUCAUUCUCGACAAUAGCUUGCGUGAAACUACAGUGGGGAGUGUUCGUGGUCACACAUUGGAGGAAAAACACCAAAUCGUCGAUGCGAUUGCCGAUACUGGACUGGAGGAAAUUAUUUUGGGAGCCUAUGGGAGCAAAAUUUCUGUGGACAGCCAAAUUGCUGGGCGAUGGAAAGCACUGGGCAAGUCAUUUGAUAAUGCCUGGGGAUUCUCGGAGGCAUUUGAUUUGGAAGGAUUCGAUGAGGAGCCUCUUUGGAAGUCUGCGGAUGACUUUAUAAAGGGCAAACGGGAGGGCACAGAGUUGCCAGAGUACUGGGUGCCCACCCAGGCUGUCAAAACAACCUACACUGAAGAGGAUCUGGCACUGUUCAAACGAGCAUAUUCGUACUUCCCCCAAGGACAUGUAUUUAGUGGCCGCAAACCCAAAAACAUCCUCAAAGAAUCGGAAUCUCCAAAGGGACGCAUCCCCAUGGGGCUUCUCAUGAUGGCUGGGUAUGGCAUUUGCAAUGCCAUUAUUGAAGUCGAUACAGCAGUGGAAACAUUCGACUAUGAGACCCACAACCUUGUGGAACGAUGUCAGCAACUCAUGGAGUGGUGCAAACAACACUUCCCUCGACGCCAAAAUGUGGACCCUGACGAAGAUGACACUGCUCGCGUUUUCAUCAAUUGUCGAGAUUUUGUGAAUUACCAGCGCAGUGACAGUGGUCUGGAAAUGUGUCUCAACAUGGUUGAUCAGCUCUGCCGAUUGCCAUCAACUCAACGCCCCUUUGGAUUUCUCAUGGAGGAUCCCACUGGCUGGCUGUGGCCGGAUGAAGUUGGCCGGCUCACACGCCUCAUCAAAGCCACCAUGCACCGGGCGGGGCAUCCAGAUGGAAAGUUCUUGGUGCAUCUUCACAUGUACUUUGCACUGGCUGAAGCCUGUGUACUCUCAUCCAUGUGCAAUGGGGCUGAUGGAGUCUGGGCAGCUCUGUGCAAGACGGGAGCUCAAGUGGGACAUGCUUGUUCCACUAUUACAGCUGUCAACUUGUAUCGAGCUGGGGUGGAAAAUGUGGCCAAAAAGUAUAAUUUGUCCAAAAUGUGUGAGGGAGCCCGGUUGAUCACCAAAAUCACCACAAAAGAAGCAUGCCCAGAAUAUGAGGAAGUCUAUGGCAAGCAUGCGUUUGACACAGCAUUCUUCAUGUACAAUGUCCCUAGCUGUCGAUAUGCUAUUGCUGAGCUGAUGAUUGAGAUGAAGGUUGAUGAAAGGUACAUCCGCCUGAACGAGAUAUCGUUGGUGUCAGCCAUUGAAAGAGCCAUGGUAUACCAUUUUGGCAAGCCAAAAGAAGCUGGAUGGGACCCAAAGCACUGCCAACAAAUGUGGAAUGCCAUUGUCAACCACCUGGUUACAGGCCUCAGCCGAGACUACAAUUCACCACUUGGUCUAGGAACUCUCUAUGGCUUGGUAUCAGGAGAGAAUUUGUCACGCUCCAUGAUACAAACAAUGCUCAAGACAACCAAAAUAUCGGAUACCCACCCCACUGUGAUUGACAUCAUGUUUCCAUGCAUCAAUCUUGAACUUCAGCCUAGGCUGCCAUCGCUUCCAUUCAAAGUCCUUGUAAAGGACUUUGAUAAGAAUCCAGCAAAUCACUUUGCCCCACAGUUUCUGCGCAACACCAUCAUAAAGAAUGAAAUAAUGAUCCGCCAAAAGAGUCAAAACACGCUAGAUCCUUUGGAGACCUUCGAAGAAAACCUGCUGUCUCUGAAACUCUUUAUAGAAGAAGCAGAGAGCCUUCAUGUGCUGCCAUUGGCAGAUGACUUUGCGUGUCGAAUGCCUUUCAACAAUUUCUUUGGUGAAGGCGAUAGUUGGGUGCAGGAGUUGAGAAUGGAGCGACCAAAGAAAGUCAGCAAAACUAUGUUAAGGGUCGGCUCAGCAGUGCUGAGUCGUGAUGGAAACCAUGCACUCUACCGCACAAUUCUAUCUGGGUUCAAAAGAUUGCAUCACAAUGUUGGGUUGAGAGGUGACUUGUUGCAAUUGCGGGAGGAUUUUGACAUGGAAUACUUGAUCAAUGCCUGUGAACGGACGGAUGGUGCCAAAGCUCAAGUCGAUGCCUUAGACACGUGGAUGCAGGACUUUGAUGCUAAAGACAGUGCUUUUUUUGCGGGAAGUUCAAUGUUUGAGGAAGAUGCUGAUGAUGAACUCGAGGCUGUGGAUGAUGCUGAACUUCUGUUUGGCACUGGAGGAGAGGUUGAUGCUAUGCAAGAGGAAAACAUAACCAAGAAAAGCAAGGGGGGGUUUACAAAGAAAGUCAAGAGGAUGCUGAGCAAAGAGAUUGAGAAGCUUUCCCCUAAAACCACACCACAUUCCUCUCCCAAGCUCUCCCCAAAGCCUGUAAAGAAAAUGCCCACCAGUAAUGGUAGUGGCAGUGGUGCUGUGCCCAAGGGUUUGAGACUGGCUGAUGCAGUCAAUGAGGUGGAAUGCUAG